AUGCCGGCGGACCUGAUAGCCUUAGUUUUUAGAAAAAAGGAUGUGAGAAAUUUCAUUGAUUUGGAUAGGAGAUCAAUUGCGAAAGGAGGCGAUGGUAAAGAGAUAUUUUUUUCUAAUCCUCGGAGCAUUGCCUUGUACGAGUACUUUCGGGAUGUUGUCAACUUUGAUACGACAUACCUAACAAAUAAGAACGACAUGCCGUUUGUUGCCUUUGUCGGAGUUAACCAUUACGGACAAUCUGUACUUCUUGAAUGUGGGUUACUCAACUCCAAAGAAAAGGCUUCAUUUGUGUGGAAGGCCCUGCAACAUACUAGGCAUAAGUUAUUAUUGUGGCACAUAAUGAAGAAGCUUCAUGAGAAUUUGAAAGGAUAUGGUUGCUACGAAGAAAUUCAGGUUACAAUGAGUGAAGUCGUCUACCAAAGUUUGACUAUAGAGGAGUUUGAAGACAAUUGGACUGGUUUUGUGAAUGCCUAUUGUCUCGAGGAUAAUGAGUGGUUGCAAGGGAUGCGGAAUGAUCGCAGAUGCUGGAUUCCAGUGUAUCUGAAGGGUGACUUUCGGACAACCUUAGCUGAAUUUGUAACCCCGUACAACAAUGCUCUAAUGUCUAGGGUGAAAAAGGAGGCUGCCAAGGAUUUUGACUCUCUAAACAAGAUUUUGCCAUGUUGCUCCAACAACGAGAUUGAAGGUGCAACGUGGAUUUCAAGAGAAGAUGAAUUGCAUUGUGUCGUUGAUCCGGGAUGA